AUGGAGGACGACAGAAUAUCCCAAUUACCAAUACCCAUACGUCACCACAUUCUCUGUUACCUCUCUCAGAAAGAGGCUGUGAGAACUUGUCUACUCUCCAAACAAUGGCGCCACGUCGGAACAACCCGGCCCAGCCUCGACUUCUCCGAAGAAUGGUUCGACGACACACAAGAAAAGGUUGUCUCUGUCAAAUCAACUCGCCCCAACAUCAACUCUUCCGAAAAAAUGCCCGUCGUCGUCGACCGAACUCGACAACGUUGCCGUGAUAAAAAAUGCUCCAAACUGCACCGCAUUCUCUCUCUCUUCCUAUGCAGACCAUGGCGGCGUAACAAAGGAUUAACUCCCCCCAACCUCGACUCUUCCCAAAAAUUGUUCAACAGCUCCUCCAUAGGAUCAAUUCGCCCCAACCUCGACUCUUCCGAAAAAUUGUUCAACACUACACAACAAGACUUUGUCUCGGUAGUCAACCGAACCCUACAAGGAUACCUUGAUCAAAACCUCUCUAUACGGAAGCUCCAUCUCCACUUAUCCAGCCCCGUCUCACCAUCAGUCAUCUCCCUUCUUAACAAAUGGAUCACGAUGAUACCCGCCCACAAAAUAAAAGUGUUCAAACUCAACUUUCGUUCAUUUACUCUGCCAUAUUACGGCCUGCCCUCGGCAGUCUUCUUAGCCGAGUCCCUCGAAGAACUACACCUGCGCAAUUGCAAGCUAAGCCCGGUCAGCGUGCGGUUUCAAAGUUUGCGCACACUCACCCUCGAACGGGUCCAAGUUGAUGGCGGCACUUUCGAUACGAAAAUGUUGGGCUGCCCUUUGCUCAGGCGCCUUGUCCUUAAGAGUUGUUCGGAGUUGAGAAACGUUAGGCUGAGCGAGGCGGGAACGCCUGGGCUCAAGCACUUUGAAUUGUAUUGCAGACCAUGGCGGCGCAACAAUGUAUCAACUCGCCCCAACCUCGACUCUUCUGAAAAAUUGUUCAACAGCUCCUCCAUAGGAUCAAUUCGCCCCAACCUCAACUCUUCUGAAAAAUUGUUCAACACUACACAACAAGACUUUGUCUCGGUACUCAACCGAACCCUACAAGCAUACAGUGAUCAAAACCUCUCUAUACACAAUUUCCAUCUCGACAUAUCGAGGCCCGACUCACGACAGGUCAUCACCCUUCUGGACAAAUUGAUCCCGAUGAUAAACGCACUCAACAUAAAUGUGUUCAAACUCAACUUUAAUUCAUAUACUCAUGACCUCCCCUCGGCAGUCUUCUUAGCCGAAUCCCUCGAAGAACUACACCUGCGCAAUUGCAAGCUGAGCCCGGUCGAAAGCAUGUGGUUUAGAAGUUUGCGCACACUCACCCUCGAACGGGUCCAAGUUAAUGGCCGCACUUUCGAUACAAAAAUGUUGGGCUGCCCUUUGCUCAGGCGCCUUGUCCUUAAGAGUUGUUCGGAGUUGAGAAACGUUAGGCUGAGCGAGGCGGCAUCGCCUGGGCUCAAGCACUUUGAAUUGUCUGAUUACAUCAAGAUGGAAGGGCGUAGCAUCGAAAUUGAUGUCCCAAAUCUCGAGACGGUCAUUAUCGGUGGCCCAUGGAUUUGGUGUCACCGCCAAAGCACGUUCUUGUUCUCUCGUCUCACGAGAUUGAGUCUCUGUAGUGUGAUCCUGUCGAGUGAGUCAUUCGACCUGCUAUCAUUCGGCUGCCCGAUUCUUGAGGUCUUGACCCUACAUAACUGCUCCGGUUUUGAGGAAUUCCAUCUUGUUAGUGAUUCGGUCAAGUGGUUGAUCAUCUCGACAAGCAAAAUUUUGCUUAAAGGAGCUACGAUUUGUGCCCCCAACAUUCUCAAUUUUACGUUCAUUGCCUGUAUUCCUCAGGCGCUGCCCACAUUCUCUUUCACGACCACUACUUCCAAGGAGUGGGAUUCAAAUGUAUUCCUAUCUUCUUCGCGUGAGAAAGAUCCUGAUUUCGACGUCAAUUGGUGGUUCCUUGAGGUGAGACGAUUGCUCGAGGCACUAAGUGAGUCUCGGAUUUCUCUGUUUUUGUAUAUGAACGGAGGCCCUCAAGAUGUGUCGUGUAGUAGUGCUUUUCUAGGUGACGAGCCGCCUGUGGUGGUGCGAUACAUGAGUUUUACUACUUUUAAAUGUCGCACGGCAUCUUGGUACUUGGGGCUUACGAAUGGCUUGCUUCGUGUUUGUCGACCAAGUCAUGUAUUGGGUUGUAGGUUCGUGAGCGGGUCGGGCAGGAAGUACAGGCUCUCAGAGUUUCAGUUAAACAUGUUGCUUGCAAACAAGAACGUCAGGACCGAGCCCUACUUUUGGCAGCACGAUUUGGAGCAAGUUCACGUGGAUGGGCAGCUCGUGCAGUGGACAGACCAGUCGGAAUUGCGAAACAGGACGUAUGACGGGGUAAUAUGGAUUCGUUUGAAAUGGAGAGCUCAGACAACGGCAUAA